UGACAUACCAACCACUUGGUGAUAAUCAUAUCCUGGGAAUCCCAAAGUGCAAGUAAUGGUUGCCUUUCUAUUUUAAAGCCAUGGUUGGCACACCUGUCACAGUAACCCUUUUCCUUUAUUUCUCCUUUGCUUGUUUUUGCCUCAAUUUUUUUCCUCUCCUUUUAUUUGAAUUUUAAAUUCAUCACUUUCCUUCAAUUUCUGUCUUUCCACACUAAACAUUUUUCUUGAGCUCUCAUAAUUCCAAGAAUUCUUCCUAGUCCUAGUAGAUUUAUUAUGAACUUUUAUCUGGGCUGAGUUUAGGUAGCGGUGUAUGAUGAAUAAAUGUAGGAUUUAUUGCCACGAGUAUUCAUAAUUCCUGCAUGAGUCCUGUACCAUACAACUUUUACUGCCUCAUUGUUCCCUGCAAACGUUCAUUACUGUGGUCUCCAAUUCAAUUCAAUGGUGUUUGCAGACAUUUAAUGCCUUGGCUUCAUAUGUAGUUGUAGUGCAAAGCUUGGUAGUGGCCUGCAAUUAUAGAUUUUGCUUCUGUUGAUUUUCUUGAGCUUUGGAGUAGUCAUGGAGGCUAAGAAUAAAGAAAUGAUAUCAAAGAUGGAUGAUUAUGAAGUGAUAGAACAGAUUGGAAGAGGAACUUUUGGGGCUGCAUUUCUCGUUCUUCAUAGGUUUGAAAAUAAGAGGUAUGUUCUGAAAAAGAUUCGUUUGGCUAAACAGACAGAAAAGUUUAAGCAUACAGCACAUCAAGAGAUGAAUUUAAUAGCAAAGCUGAAUAAUCAAUACAUAGUGGAGUUUAAAGAUGCAUGGGUAGAAAAGGAGUGCUAUAUAUGCAUUGUGACGAGUUACUGUGAGGGAGGUGACAUGGCUCAGAUGAUAAAGAAAGCUAGAGGAACAUAUUUUCCUGAAGAGCUCUGCAAGUGGCUGACCCAGUUGUUGCUUGCUGUGGACUACCUUCACUCCAAUCGUGUUCUUCACAGGGAUCUGAAAUGCUCAAACAUCUUCCUUACAAAAGACAAUGACAUCCGGCUAGGCGACUUUGGACUUGCAAAAUUGUUGCACAAGGAAGAUCUUGCAUCCACGAUUGUGGGCACUCCUAAUUACAUGUGUCCAGAAUUGCUUGCUGAUAUACCGUACGGAUACAAAUCAGACAUUUGGUCUCUAGGUUGCUGUAUGUUUGAGAUAGCUGGACAUCAACCUGCCUUUAGAGCUCCUGAUAUGGCUGCUCUAAUCAACAAGAUAAACCGUUCCUCCACUUCUCCCCUCCCGACUAUCUAUUCGUCUUCACUAAAACAAUUAAUCAAAACCAUGCUAAGGAAGAAUCCAGAACACAGACCAACAGCUGCAGAGUUACUGAGACACCCCAUUCUACAGCCUUACGUUGUUCAAUGCCAAAAUCUGUCUCCUGUCUUUCUACCAGUGAAGUCUGAACACAGCUGCAAGGAUGAACAAAAAGAAAUUCGACUGUCUAACAAGUCUAAUGUUCACAAGAACGCCAAAGGUAAGAAACCAAUCCCAUUAAAGGAGUGUGGGUGUAUUCCACGAGAAAAUGUUGACUCUCCUGCACGUAAGGUACCUGCAAAAGAUUUACACAGCAGUGCAGAACAAAUUGGAAGUGCCAACUCAGAGAUCACCUCAGAAAGCAUAAUACGGUCUCACCCUGAAGAUGUGAAACAGGAGUUCACCUGUGAGCAUUUCCAAAUAGUCCAACAGAAACUGCAAGGAAUUGGAGAAAAUGACAUGGGAGGAAAGAAAGGAGUAGCAAAGUUGCUUGCAGAUCUCACUGACAGCACUGGUCUUUCUGGUUGCAAAAUCGCAUCAGAGUCGAAGAAGAACAACAAAAUUUGGCAGAACAUCGAACCCAAAUUCUGUUUACACACAACAGCAUCACCCAGUAAAGCUAGCAAAGAAAAUAAUCAAGAAAUACAUGGAGCAUCUAGUGAUAUGUCAUCGAUGAGCACACUAACAUUUGUUCAUGGUGAUGAAACAAGAAUUGAGUGGGAUCCACAGAGCCUGCAAAGAGCAGAAGCUCUGGAGUCACUGCUUGAGAUUUGUGCAGGUUUGCUUAGACAGGAAAGAUUUGAGGAACUAGCAGGAGUGUUAAGGCCAUUUGGAGAAGAAGUUGUGUCAUCAAGGGAAACAGCAAUCUGGUUGACAAAGAGCUUAAUGAAAAGUUCAAAAGAACAGCAGUGAAGCAUCUUAAUAACCUGCAAUUUCAAAUCAAACUACAAAUUAAAUUAAGAAAUACCACUGGUGAAAUUCCUUGCUUUUCUUUGUGGGGUUUGAGUAAUGUACAGUAAGGAAUUAUACAUGUGAACUAUUCUGACAAGAAACCUAAAUAUGUGGAAGUUUUGUUUGCA